CACACCUGCUACCAUCGUUUCUAUCUCUCUGAGACUUUCCCUCUUCGCUCCUGCGGCUUCUGGUACUACGCGUUCCGCGCUUUCUCUUCCCAGAUUUCUGUCACCAGCUCCUCGGCCGCCCCUUUGGCUUCUUCCCUUUGUUCGGUGAUCUCCGGCAAUCCUCCCGCAACGUCCGGGCUCCUCCCCAAGAUGGGGGAAGGGGGAUUGCCACCCGCAGCCCCCGCUGGGGCCCGCACCGUGCGCCCUGGUCCCGGUACCUCCUUGCAACCGCGCGACUUGCUCUUUACCUCCCUGCCCCUCUCUAUAUAUCCCGCCCCCAUCUCCGCCUUCAGCGCCGAGCUCCGAGGCUCCAGAGCCUCCGGCUGAGUGCGCCCAUCAAGGUUGCCCGGUCCCUCGCCACCCGUUCGCCCCGGAGAACAUUGCCGAGGGCCCCUUCCCAGACCGCGCGCCCCGGCUGCCCGAGGCUGAGGCCGGCUCUGAUUCUUCCUUGGCUUGGGAUGCGCACCGCCGGCGGGGGCAGUCGCUGCUGAGUCCAGAGCCCUGCGCCACCCACGUGUCCGAGAGCCCGGCGCGGGGCCAGCGCGAACCUCUCCAAGGCCAGCGGCUCCUCGUCGCGGAAGCACUUCUGUUGCAGGCGAAACCCGCACGGGCGGGAGAGCGGCGCGCGGGUCACUAGCGGCACGUGCGGAUCCUCGGCGUGUCGCCGCAGGGUGCGGGUGCCCGCAGAGCCAGAGACCCAGCGAGCCAGCGAGCGAGCGAGCGAGCGAGCGCCGGAGAAGGGAGGGUGGGCGCGGGGACCGCCGAGAGGCCGACACCUCGGGGCAGUAGGGGCCGCUCGGCGGUGCGGGCGGCGGGACUGCAGUGCCACCGCUCCGGAGGAAGCCCACACGCUCACACGCCCGCGCGCGCACGCACGUGCACACCACGGGCAGCGAGAACACUAGCGAGAGCCCUUGAGUGUCGGACGCGUUUUAGCCAUGGCUUCUGUCCUUAACAGCAAAAUUCACACGUCCGGGACUUGCCAGGGCUCCAAAGCUGAUGCCCGCAGUAACACCGACUGGAGAAUGGAUUGGGAUCCCGAGAUGCACGUGAAAAUGUGCAAGAAGAUCGCCCAGCUCACCAAGGUGAUUUACGCCCUCAACACCCGCCAGGAUGAAGCGGAGGCCAGCGUGGAGGCUCUGCGGGAAGCCCACCGGGAGGAGCUCCAGAAGGCCGUGGCAGAGACCGAGGCCAGGCUCCUGCGGGAACAGGGCCACGCAGAGGAGGAGGCCCUGCUCCAGCGCAUUCGGGCCCUGGAGAACGCCUUGGAGCUGCAGAAGAGGUUGACCCAGGAGGCGCUGGCUCAGUCGGCCACGUGCAGGCUGGAGACCAAAGAGAGGGAGCUGAGGGUGGAGGCAGAGCAUGCCGAGCGGGUCCUCACCCUCUCCAAGGAGAUGCUGGAGCUCAAGGCCGACUAUGAGAAGAGGCUCCGGCACCUGGCGAGCCAUGAGACGCCCCAGUGGGGCCAGCUUUCCCAGGAGGGCCCGGAGCCCAAGGGAGAGCCAGGCCACGGCCACGAGAUGCGGGACGUCCUCCUGGAGGUGGAGAGGCUGCGAGCGGAAAACCAGCAGCUGAGCAAGGACUACGCCAGGAAGGCUGAGGAGCUGCAGGCCACCUAUGAGCGGGACACCGAGGCCAUCCGGCAGGCCAUGCAGCAGUCCGUGAGUGAGGCCCUGUGGCAGUGGCAGGAGAAGGAGACGGACCUCCGCAAGAACUUCCAGGUCCAGGAGUCGGCCCUGCAGGCUCAGGUCAGGAAGCUAGAAGGGGAUCUGGAGCACAGGGGCCGCAAGAUAAGUGACCUGAAGAAGUAUGCCCAGAAGCUGAAGGAGAGGACUCAGGACCUAGAUGUGCAGCUCAAGGAGGCUCGGCAGGAGAACUCUGAGUUGAAAAGUACUGCAAAAAAACUUGGGGAGAAGCUGGCCAUUGCCAAAGACAGACUGAUGCUGCAGGAACGUCAUGUAACACCAAAAACCGAUGAAAUGAAGACAGAGCUAGUUGCAGAGAAUGAAGUCCUAGGGAAGGCGAAUGACCUGGAAGGCCGCAGUCUCCAUCCUCAGCAGGACCCGAACUUUCCCAAGGAGUGUCCAUGUACCAAAGGAGGCCCAGAGACACAGACCAAGAAAGAGGCAAGUAUUGAGACGGAAUAUAUGAAGAAGCAAUAUGAAGAAGACCUUCGUAAAAUCAAACAUCAGACAGAAGAGGAGAAGAAACAUCUCAAAGACCAGCUAGUGAAACGCCUGGAAGACUUGGUAAAGAAGCACGCCAUAGAAAUCAAAUCGGUUCGCUCUUCGGUGGAGGCCGAGAGGAGGAAGCUGCAGAAGGAAGUAGAAGCACAGUUGGAGGAAGUGAAGAAGAAAUCAGAAAAUGAAAUCAAGCAGCUGGAAGAAGAGAAAGCAGCCCUAAAUGUGAAGCUCCAGAACUCUCUGCUCGAGGUUUUAAGACUGGAAGAAUUUAUCCAACAGAAUAAGGUACAUCCCCAAAGAGGCAAAGAAAGGCCCCAGGAAUUGGACAGCCAGCGCUGUAGUAUUUUAGAGACCCAGGAUCCAUGCUCGAAGCUGAAUAAACCUCAGACCUCACCCAAAGGAGAAGAGUACCAGGAUAAGUUAGCAGCUGAAGAAGGAACCAGCAGUGAUGAAGAAGAAAGGAUCAAAGUGCCCCUCAAGGAAGGAGAUGGCCUGCAACCUCCACUGAGCUCUUUGCUGGAGGAGAAGGCACCCGACAUCCAGCGUCUGCAGGAGGAGUGGCAAAGCCAGAAGGCCAGAUUGCAAGCCCAGGUCUCCCAGAUGCAGCAGGCUCUGGAGCAGUGCGCCAGCAGCUACCGGGAGGACCUGCAGGAGCUCAAGCAACUCUCCGACCACGAAAGGGAGAAGCUGCAGCACGAGCUCCAGGAGACCGUUCAGCAGAACCAGGCCAUGAAAGCCCAGCUCGAGGCCUCCCACCAGCGAGCCUUGCGCAUGCUUGAGAAGGCCAAAAAUCAAGAACUCAAGGCCGCAGAGGAGCGCCUGAAGAAGGAAGCCAGCCACAGCCUGCAGAUCCAGCACCAGGCGCACCGGCUGGAGCUCCAGGCCCUGGAGGAAAAGGCCCGGCAGGAGCUCCAGGGAGAGCGGGAGAGGACGCAGGCUCAGCAGGCUCUCGUGUUAGAGUCCCUGAGGCAGGAGCUGUCGGAGCAGCGGGCCGCCUGCUCUGGGCACCAGAAAGACCUGGAGGUGCUGCAGGCCGAGCUGAGGGCUCUGGGCAGCUUGGGCAAGCCGCAGGCCACCGCCCAGUGUCCAGGGGACAGUGAGGACCGCGCCGUCGCUGCAGAGGACGCGGGCGGCCCGAGCCAGGCGGGCUCCCCGAAGGGCGCCGCGGAGCCGGGUCCGAGCGAGGGCUGCGAGCCCUGGGAGGAGAACUCGCAGCUCAAGGACGCAGUGCAGCGGCUGCGGGCCGAGGUGGAACAGCAUCAGCAGGAGGCGCUACAGCUCCGCGAGCAGCGCAGGCUGCUGGAGGAGGAUCAGCAAGCCCAACGGGCCCGGGAGGUGGAGAAGCUACGCCAGGAACACCGGAAGGAGAUGCAGGCCAUGGUGGCGGAUUUCAGCAGUGCACAAGCCAGGCUCCAGGCCCGGCUGGCUGCCCUGGAAACUGAACUGAAGGAUUCCGGAGAGAAACCAGGGAAGGGGGCGUCCAGGCCAGAGGACGUUCAGCUCAUAGGCCGCCUGCAGACCCGCCUGAAGGAGAGAGAGGAGAUCAUCAAGCAGCUCAUGGUCAAACCCAGUGGUGUGGUCAGGCUCAUUUGGACUCAGUUUGUGUUUUUCCAGGAGGAGAGAAGAUUUCACUGUGCAGCCUUCCCCAGCGCCAUGUCCCAUCGGAACCGGUCUUUCUCUUUCAACCCUCACCCAGGAUACUUGACCCCCUCCAUGAAGAAAAAGAAGCUGGAGGAAGUGCCCAGCCGAGUGGUCAGCGUGCCAAACCUGGCCUCCUACGCAAAGAACUUUCUGAGUGGUGAUCUGAGCUCCAGAAUCAACGCCCCUCCAAUAACGAAGUCACCCAGCUUGGACCCAAGCCCUGGCUGUGGCCAGCCUUACAAACCCACCCAGGCUCUAGAUGUGAAAACUGCCACAAGGACACAAGAUGGUGAAACAGCCCAACCCAAAGAAGUCCAGCAGAAACAGGGCUCUGCCCACCAGGAAUGGUUUACCAAGUAUUUCUCUUUCUAAACUGAGUCUCAGGAUUCCAUCACCAAGAGGACACCUGAAACACAUGUAAAGCAUCUGACUGAAGGAAUGAACUAAAAAACCAAAUUAACUUGCUUGUGACACGAUUUAUAUAUAAUAGCCAAAACAAAUUUUGGCAUUAACAUUUCAUACUGUUUCAUUGUGAAACCAGUGCUUAAACAAAAUUCUUGACAUUAAGGUGAAAAACAAAACAACAUAAACCAGUGUUAUCAAAAUGCACCCACAGAAAAUAUUAAUGUUACUGAUGACCCUCACAUUGUAUUUCUAGUGUCCAUAAGAUUUCAUUCCACUUUGUGGAAUAUCAGGCUUUGUGAUUUCCAUGAUCUACUUUAAAAGUGGUUUCACUUGUCCUUAGAAUGCUAGCCAUCUCCACCUGAAAAGUAUUUCUGUGUAAAUGACAGAAUUACAAAAUGCACAUUCAACCUCACUAGGAAGAAGAAUAAAAGUUCGAAAUACUCAUGAAAACCAAUUACAAACACAAAACAAGGCAAAACUAGGAGUGGAUGACAGCAGCCCUUGGCACACUUCGACUGAGUGCUCUGACUUCCUAAGUCCAGGACCUGAAGUAGACGAGAGAGGGGAUAACACCUCCCUCGAAAGGGGCUUUUGGAGAAGUAAGCAAAAUAGGAUAGGUAUGAUACCAAUCACGAGCUGGAAUUAACCACUGCCAGAAUUUUUCUGUGAAUAACCGAGCCUCACUCUGUCGUAUGACUGUAGUUUCAACUUGGUCACUUGUGAAAGUUUCUAGAGUAUUCUUUGAAGUCAAAGAUCUACUGAGCCCAGUCUUUGGGCCUGGGCCCUUUGCCUCAUGGUGCAUUGCUUCCCCAUCACAUGGAUGCUCAGUACUGUAAGGGAAUCGGGACUGGCCAUUCAUGGUGCUGACCCAUGUCAGUCCACACUGAAUAGUCUGACCUUCCGAUGGAGCAGUGUGAUUUGACAAGACUCAAUACAAUUUGGGCAAAAUAUGUUCUCAAUCCUUUGGUGCUGGCCCCACACGUGGCCAUAAACAUUUAUUCUAUGCACUGUCAAAUCUUUGCUCUUUGAAUAAAACUUUAAACUGGGCAAUUAAAAAUGGCUGUGACUUGUAUUGUUUUCCCAAAGAAAGGUGAAAGUAGAUGAAGACAGUUUGGAAAUAAGAAAUUCACAUUAAUCUCAAUCAGGUCAACUUUAAAUGAAAAGUAGCUGCUUACAUAAUUUUGGGAGAAAUGCAAUUACAACUCAAAUUACAACUGACAAUUUAAAGGUAAAAUCACUAUCUUUUUAAAUGUUUUUAAGGUUUAUUUGUUUUGAGAGAGUGAGCACACAUGAGAGGGUAAGGGGCAGACAGAGAGGGGAGAGAAUCCCAAGCAGGCUCUGACACACUGUCUCCAGGGCUCAAUCCCACCGACUGUGAGUCAUGACCUGAGCCGAAAUCAAGAGUCGGACACAAAACCAACUGAGCCACCCGGAGGCCCCUAAAGGUAAAAUUCCUAUCUAAUCAAAACACGUGGCCCCAAUAAGAUAAUUUCUUAAAUGAAAAUACUUGUUACCAUACAUGUACCAUGCCAUGUUAUUUCUCAGUAUCAAUUUUUUUUAGUGAUCUUGUUUCCUGCCUAGGGUGAGCACUGUAGGAUUAUGCUUGCGUUCUGUGUU